UACCACACGUUCUCCCGCUGGAAUAAUAUACAUAUAUAUAUUUAAGAAUUGCCCAGUAUCGGUGCUCAUUUCUGUCCAUGCACAGCCUGUCAUAUUGUAAGAGGUGCUUCUGAAAGGAAAUUUGGUACUGUAAAAACCUUCAAAUUUUCCACAGAUCUACAGACGGGGACAAUAACAGACUCUUUAGUCCAAAGCUGUUACAGACACUCCGCUCAAAGACUAAGCUGCGAGGACCUCAUUGUGAAAACUCGUCCAACCAGUAUGCCAGCCAUUCUAAGGAAAUAAAUACUCUGGCUCGCACAAAGGCAGCUUAAAGACUGUAUAACGGACAUUACCGCCGGUUGUAUGGGACUCUCGGCAGAGACCAAAACAAAGCAAGAUCAGAACUGUACAACCAGGAUGAUGGCCUCUAACACUGGGAGUUACAAUUUAAGUCCCUCACAGCAACAACUGUGCAUGAUCAAGGAAUUAUACUCCAUGUCCAACAUAGAAUGGGAUGACCAAGAAAUCAUUAACCUCAAAGACUUCACCAGCAAGCACCUGACUCCACAUAUAGUCAGAGUAGAACAGGGACAGUUCAUGAACAUUGGAGCAUCAAAGCACAUCCACCCAGGCAUUCACACUGAGCUUCUCUUUCAUUCUACAAAAACCUGCUCAAAGAUUUUUGCCCAGGGAGUCAAAGUAAAGGACAGAAAGGUAUCAGUUUUGACUCAGAACUUUUCUAUUCCUAGUACAUAUCAAGGCUGGUUUGAGGUGCUAUCAGAAGAGGGGAGAUCUGUGCCACCAUUUGACACAGUGAGAGACUUGGCCAGACGAUUUCCCAAAAAAGCCCUGGUAAGAGCCAAUACCAAGGGGUACAUAAACAAUGAACGUGGAGAGCUAUGCAUGGAUAAAACUAGAACUGUGCACGCAGGGGAGGUUUUGACUGUGGCUGGAGACGUGAUGAUCAGUCUGCCUAAAGGAAAAGGUAGAGCUAAGCUCCUCCGUUGUUUUGAUCAGAAUGGCUCUGGUGUAUACUUGAACUUUGACACAAAAGGUGCCUUCAGCCCCAUUGCUGAGAGGGACAAUAUUUCUGGGGUGCACAUGAUCAAUGACCUCGUUGCCAAAUUCCGCUUACCAAUCAUGGUGCGUCUAGUUUACGGAGUGGCUCCCUGUGGAAGUAAGCUCAAAUUUACUGGAUGUCUGCGCUUGAUCUCAUCAGAUACAGACAGCAUUGCUUUUGUUAUGCCACUGGAUAUAAGCCAGAAAAUGUUGCCUGUCUCAUUAUCAAAAGUAUCACUGAAGCUCAGACCUGCAACCAACAUUGAGAAAAUCAAACAGCAAGAUGCCUUUAAGCAGUUAUAUGAAAGGUGCUCAAACAUGAUAACUAGUUACUUGAACAGCAUCCAUGUUCUUGUAGAGAUCACAGAUUUCCAGUCAAACCAGCAACAGCAACAACAACAACAACAGCAGAUAGAACCAGGAUCUGCAGUCUACAAACCCAAGGAAUUAACCAAUCCAGAUGUCAUUCCCACCAAUGUUCCCCCAGAGAGUCCUGAUGUGAUUCAAGAAGAGAAAGCUGAACCUAAACCCUCAGCUGAAGAUCUUAUAUUUGAGGAAAUAGAUGAUAUUUAUGUAUAUGUGCGAGAAGGGGGGCCUCCCCCAAAAGUUCGUCCACCUGCACCUUUACCUGCAAAUGUAAAGGCAGAUGAUCAGUACUGGGAAGAACCAGACUAUGAAACACUAGCUAGAUACAAUGCCAAGAACAAAGUAUCACAAACGAACAGUUCAGGCACUGGAAGCAAAAGUGGAGGAAGUAAGAAUCUCUCUCGGCAGAAUUCCUCAGAAUCUCAGCCAGUUGUUGAAUCCAAAGUGACAGCAAAUGGAAUUGUGCUCCUUGGAAUAGACAAACAAAAAGAUAAGCAGCAACCACCACCACUGCCUCCUAAGAAGUUUGAGAAAUCCAAAAGUAGUGCUCCACAUUUCUUUUCAAGAUUUGUGAAGAAAUCCACAAAACAGUCUCCACCAUCUUCCCAAAAACAGCCACAAAAAUUCAUUUUGGUGCCACCAGGUAAAAAGCAAGCUAGUCGCAAACUAUCCAAAGACAUGAGAACCAGAAGUCAUGAUAGUAUUGCUGAGAUGCGACCGCCACCACCUAUCCCAAGGCUUGUAACACAUCAUCAUCAUCAUCCACCACCUACUGGCAUCUUUCGAUUGGAUAGGCCAGAUCGCGAUUUGCGAAAAAGUAUGUUCUUAUGAUAUGACUCAGGCACUGUACAGUGCAGUAUCAUACAGCAAGAAUAACAGCAUAAUGAUGAGGAAUAAUGACAAUGGUAAUUAAGGUGUUUUUGAGUUGUGUUUUUGAAGGCCUGCAAUCCAAGGGCCAGUGGGCUUUCAUUCUAUGAUCUCAGUGUGUUGCUUUGUCCAAAUCUGUUUAAACUGGACCAUUCAGUUUCAGCAUACUUUAUUCAUCUCUAGAUACAGCCAUUCAAAUUCAGAAAUGACUGGCAAAUUACUAGUUAUCUAAGUUCUCUCUAAUGUUUUUUUUUUUCACUCCGACAAGGGGGUUAUGUUUUUUACAAAUUGAUAUGGAUAUAUUUUUUGGUUGAAUUAAAUUGUAGUUUUAAGUAUAGGGACUGAAUAUGCACCCCAUGUAUUAAGGUCGUGGGCAAAGUAUCAGACUAAUCUCAGAUUCUUAUCAGAAUUACUUUAUGCUUCAUAUUGUAAUUUGGAAGCCAUUUAUAGCAAAAAAGUCCAUAGCUCUGACGCUUGGCUAUUACGACCUUCAUCAUGAGUCACUAAAACUGUUUUGUUCGUACAGUGAAUCUGUGCACACAAUGCCUGCACUGUCUAGGUUGCAUUCAGAAAAGUCUGAUGCCUGUUGCUGAUAAGUACCUCUUGUAUUCCUAAUGUUUUUCUUACAACCAUUACAAAGUAUAAAUAUGAACUGUUAUAGUGCUUAGAUAGAUAUAUGGAGGGGCAGUCGCACAUCCAUGUAUUUAUUUUGGUUUUAACCAGUUUUUUUCAGAUCCAGGUAUGAAAUAUAUGGUAACCAUAGGAUUAACCUGAAUUAAGAAAAUAAAAUACAAUUGUACAACACUCAUGUGAAUGUUGGAAUGUUUUCUAUGGUAAAAAUUAUGGUGCUUUGGAUGUUUAGACAAUAUGUCUUAGAUAUGCGGUAUAUGUUUAAGGUUGGCUGAUACAGUAAGCAACUGAUCUCUUUUAUGCCUUCCUUUUCUCACAUCAGUUUGAAUUUUUACUAGGCUAUUUUUAAAAAAGUUACAGUUUAAUGUGAUUGUUUCAGAUUGUAGAAAUUUCAAAUCCUUCACCAUCAUGCACUGUUUCUCAUCAGAUGUACACAUAGUACCAAUUCUGAAUUGUGCAGAAGUCAUUGAAUCCUUAUAAGUUAACAAUCUUACAUAUUUUAAUUAAAUGGGGAGGAUAGAGUCACUAUCUCACCCACCUCUAACACUCAUAAGAGCAACUUAUGUACUGUACCAUAAGGUCAUACAGUUCUAAUUCAUAAUUGGUAUUAGUAUGUAAAUUGCUUCUUUACUGAAGCUGGGAUCUUUCUGAUAACAUCUGUACAAACUUGAGUAAGGCACUGGUUCUGACAACUACAGUAAUUAGGGAAAGAAAGAGGGGUUAUCAUGCAAGUAAUUAGUGGGAACAUGAGAGAGAAAAUCACAAAUGGGGACAUACUUUGCAAAAUGGAUUGUGGUAGAAAACAUGAAUGGCCUUGCUGGCAUAGAACAUAGUGACUCUUCAGCUCAGAACUUUACUUAACUGAAGUUUCAAUAUGCUUGAAACAAUGGGUGUUGAUGAUCAUAUCUCAGACAAUGAGAAAGCAAUUUAAAUUGUUUAAUUCACAGUCACAAUUAAGCAGAACCAAUCGAAACUUCAUUGUCAAUGUUUUUUUUUUAAAACCAACACUUUCUUUCUUGUCACUCAAAGUAAAGUACUAUGUAUUCUUGUUCAUAGUUUAGAAUAUCUGUAUGAAGUUUAAAGUUUUUGUCUAGUAGGUAUAAUUUGCUACACUGGCAGUUCCAUAUUUCAGCCAAAAGUUCCAAAUGCAUUCUCUUCUAGUCAAUAUAAUCUGUGGAACUGUGAUAUCUCUCUGAUAUAUGCUGAAAAAAUGUGAUUUAUCCAUAUUUUUGUUGUGUACAAGAAAUUUAACAUUUUACAUUUUAUACAUAUGUAUAUAUAAUGCAUGUAUAAUUCCUGUACUUGUUCAAGUAUGAUUAUUAAUAUUAGAUCAAAUGGAAUAAUAAUAUAUCUGAAAAUGA